AUGGCAGGCAAGAAGUUAAAAAAAGGGAAAAAGAAAAAGUUAGGAAAGAAGAAGCGAGAGUUGUUGCCGAAUCUUUAUGAUGUACCAGAUGUACCAGAAAUACCCAGAAAUGCACUUCCUGUUGUAAGACUUAAUAUGAAACUGGUGAAUCCACUUGGCUAUCCCAUGGAUUUCCAGCUUGAAGUUCCUAUAAAUACAAAAGUCAUGACAAUCCAUGAUAAAAUCGCUGAUCCCCCUUCCGUGAUCGAGCAAAAUAUUUUUGCUCAAUCAUAAAGGAGGUUAAUCUUUUUUGAAAUAAAAACAAAAUUCAAUCUGCAAAAAUUUAAUGCAAAAUAUUAAUUUAAUUUUGUAAAAUUUAUGCGUUUGAGCACAAGUUGUUCAAAUUUAAUAUCAUUAGCUAGAUUUUGUUAUUAUAAUUGCGACUUAUAUUUCAAAUAUUUUUAUAUAAGACAUCCAUACUUGAAAAUUUUUUGCUCGCUCACGGCUGAUAAGAUUUUGGCUAACUCCCCUUUUGAAUUGGAAUAAUAUAUUGAUAAAAUUUUUAUUUUUUGGGUAAGUUAACCAUUUUUAAUUUUAACUAAUUAGUAGCUUUUUAAUUUCUAUGUAAACAGCUUUGAUAGUCAAUUUAAUGUCGCCAAAAUUCUUAAAUUGCACUAUUUUAAAACAGAAGAGUAAAAAUCGAACGCUAUUUAAACAAUUUAGCGCUUUGGAUAGAUAAAUUUUAUAAAUCAAUUUUAAAACAAUAUUAUAUAAUUUUUUUUGAAUUUGAAAUAGAUCAAUUAUUUAUAUAAUUUAAAUGGAGGAGUAAACUUAGAGAUUUUUCAAUGGGUUUGCUCGUUCACAGAGGGAAGGAAUGAGCUGUAUGGAGGUGCAGCAAGGGAUAUUUCUAUUUCUCUCCAUAAAUAUCGACCUGAUGACCCAGCACCACUAACUGCAAGCCUCAUGGAGCUAGGACUGAUUCAAAGUGGCGACGUCAACGUAUUUUAUGAUUUUAAGCCUGUAUCGCAUCCUCUGCUUACAUAA